AUGACACUGGGAUUCCUCCCAGUGUCACUGAGAGCAGGCAGUGAGGUUCAGCUCGUCAUUUCUCCUCUGCUUGCUCUCCACAGCGCCCCACCCGCUCCUCUUUCUCCCAGCCUCCCAGCCUCCCAGCGACCUCCCAGCCUUCCAGUCUCCUGCAUGCUGCUGUGCCUCCCCUCCCUCCCCUCUCUCCCCGCAGCCCACAGCCGGCCGCACGAUCAGAACCUCUUUGGGAUUGUGCAGGGAGGGCUGGACCCUAAGCUCAGGGACAUCUGUCUGAAGGGGCUCAUUGACAGAGACCUACCCGGGUACGCUAUUGGUGGGUUGGCGGGCGGCGAGGACAAGGAGUCGUUUUGGCGUGUAGUGGCGCAGUGCACGGCAGCCCUGCCGGCCAACAAGCCAAGAUACGUCAUGGGAGUGGGGUACCCAUUGGACAUAGUGGUGUGCUCCGCCCUGGGGGCAGACAUGUACGACUGUGUCUACCCCACGCGCACGGCACGCUUCGGCACGGCUCUGAUACCAGAGGGCGUGUUGAAGCUCAAGCAUGCUGCAAUGGCGAAUGACCACCGCCCCAUCGACCCCUCCUGCUCCUGCCUGGCGUGCCGCAGCUUCUCACGCGCCUACCUGCACUCGCUGGUGACCAAGGACCCUGUUGGCUGCCACCUGCUCACCAUCCAUAACAUCGCUUACAUGAUGCAGCUCACAAGGUCAAUGCACAACGCCAUUCUUAAUAACACCUUCCCCAGCUUUGUGGUUGAUUUUCUCCAAAAACAGUUCCCGCGGGGCGACGUGCCGCAGUGGGUGCAGGCGGCCAUGCAGGCUGCUGCCAUUGACAUUUCCCCAGCUCUGCACCCGGCCCGCGUGUUGUGA